CAUGGCUGCCGUACGGAGCAGCAAACUUCUACAUAAGUUUGUUGAAUUUCCAACGGGGAAGACUGCAUCAGUCAUCUUAUUACACGGCUCAGGAGACACUGGACAGGGAGUGCGAGCAUGGGUCAAAGAGGUUUCGGUACCAGACCUGGCUUUCCCCCACAUCAGAGUGGUAUAUCCCACAGUCCUAGCCAGGCCAUACACACCCAUGCGGGGGGCUCUGUCCAAUGUGUGGUUUGACCGCUACAAGAUCUCACAGGACAGUCUGGAGCACUUGGAGUCUAUAGACGCCAUGGCCAAGUCCUUGGGAGCGGUUAUACAGGAGGAGAUCAGGGCAGGAGUACCAAAACACAGGAUGAUCAUAGGGGGUUUCUCUAUGGGCGGAGCUAUGGCACUCCACCUAGCGUGUCGUUAUCACCGUGACGUAGCAGGAGUCUUUGCUCUGUCCAGCUUUCUCAACAAGGAUGUAGUAUAUCAGGCUGUGGAGGAGAGGGCAGGGGCGGGGAGCCCCCUCCCAGAGCUGUUCCAGGGCCAUGGGACAGGAGACGAGUUGGUGUUCCAUAUGUGGGGAGAAGAAACUACGGCAGUGCUGAAGAAGGCUGGGAUGACGACCACCUUCCACUCGUUCCAAGGCCUCCAGCACCAGCUCUUCCGGCCAGAGAUUGAGCUACUGCGCUCCUGGAUCCUCAUCAAGCUGCUCCCGGACAGUCUAGAUGCUAGUGGGAAGUGACCAGUCAGCCCCACACCACUAAACAGACACAUUAACCAUACGUUAUUAACACGUUAAUAACACGUUCACACUAUUGAGCUGAUUUAAACUGAGCCAAACCAAACUGUACUGCGCUGGCCUGGUAAAGCAUUGCCCGUAGUUUCUGGAAUAAAGCUGGAAAAGCGAGCCAACACGGUUCGGUUGGUAUUAUAGUGCGAAAAGGAUAUUAACGUGCUGAGUGGGCUGUGGACCACCUCACAACCUCUGUUGGACACAAUACCGUUAAAAAAUGUUUUGGUGUCAAUAAAAAAAAAAAAAAUUGGCUUGGA